CUGCUAGCUCUACAAGCUCUGACGUCUGUCUGCAUUACAUUUUAGUGCAUUUUGUUCUCUCACAGAGGAGAGCCUCCACCGUACAGGCUGCGGGUUUAGUUUUUUUAUCCACCUGUUUUAAUUUUUUUACCCCACAUCACCCAACGAAACAACCUUACCUUUACUACUAACAAGCUGAGGGGGGGAAAAGGAGGAAAAAAUCCUGUAAAAACAUCGUGUGGAGCAAACCCCAUUUCCCAGCACAGGGACCAUGGCUCCUCUGCAGCUCCAACUCGGGAAUUAACAGCAAACACCACACGGUUGCUGCUCUCCUUUUUUCUUUUUCUUUUUCUUUUUUUUUUUAGUUGUUAUCGCAGUUUUUUGGGCAAUUUUGCACUUUCCGAGACAAGAAUACUACAUCAAGAUGUGUGAUGUGGUGGUCGAGAGGCUGUGUGACCUGCACGGAUUUCCAUAACCAAGGAAAAAAACAGUUGGACCCAUUGAAACCCAUUCUCUGCUGUUUUUUGCUGCAGGGGUACAAAUGUAUAUGGGUUUGAUUUAAGCUUUUUUAGCCCCUUUGCUCCCACUCCCGUUCCCCUUGGAUUUUUCUUAUCGUUUUGGACCACAGGCGGUUGGAUUACUGAAGGCAACGGAUUGGUGGAAAUGUUGGGUCCUCACCAAGAAAAACUAUGUGGAAUUGUCUCUGCUCUGACGGUCUUGUCGUCUGUCUGCUUUUUACAAUGCUCCUCGGUUGGAACUGGAAUAUCUGUGGCCAAGACAACAGUCGACAAACUGCUGAGGGGGUAUGACAUCCGUCUAAGGCCAGAUUUUGGAGGUCCCCCAGUCAUCGUGGGAAUGAGCAUAAAUAUCGCCAGUAUUGACUCCAUCUCUGAAGUCAACAUGGACUACACCAUCACUAUGUAUUUUCAGCAGAGUUGGCGAGACAAGCGACUGGCAUACGCAGAGAUGGCACUUAAUCUGACACUAGACAACCGUGUGGCUGAUCAGCUGUGGUUGCCUGACACUUAUUUUCUGAACGACAAGAAGUCUUUUCUUCAUGGUGUGACGGUGAAGAACCGCAUGAUCCGGCUCCACCCUGAUGGCACAGUUCUGUAUGGAUUGAGAAUAACCACAACAGCUGCAUGUAUGAUGGAUCUGAGGCGAUACCCCCUGGACGAGCAGAACUGCACCCUGGAGAUUGAGAGCUAUGGAUACACCACAGACGACAUUGUGUUCUUCUGGCAAGGUGGGGACAAUGCUGUGACGGGAGUGGAUAAACUGGAGCUGCCUCAGUUCUCCAUCAUGGAGCUGCGUCUUGUGUCUAGAGAAGUGAAAUUCACAACAGGCUCUUAUCCCAGACUGUCGCUGAGUUUCCGAAUUAAGAGAAACAUCGGCUACUUCAUUCUUCAAACUUACAUGCCGUCUAUACUGAUCACCAUUCUCUCCUGGGUGUCCUUCUGGAUCAACUACGAUGCCUCUGCUGCUCGGGUGGCACUCGGUGUAACCACGGUGCUCACUAUGACAACCAUUAACACCCACCUGCGGGAGACCCUCCCAAAGAUCCCCUAUGUGAAAGCCAUCGACGUCUACCUCAUGGGCUGCUUCGUUUUUGUGUUUUUGGCCCUGCUCGAAUAUGCCUUCGUCAACUAUGUGUUUUUUGGACGAGGACCCCAGCAGCAGAAGAAAAUCAACGAGCGCCUCAACAAAGCCAACAACGAACGCCCCCGUUAUGAGGACAAACGCCUGAGAGAACAGGACUCCAUGUCAGCACCGUUUCAAUCCAACACCCUCAGGUCAUACGCACAGCGGAGAAAUCUGUAUCUCGAAGAACAAAGAAAAGUCGGGGUGGACGCUUACGGUAACAUCCUGCUGACCACCCUGGAGAUGAACAACGAGGUGAUGCCGUCAGACGUGGGCAGCAGCGUGAGUGACUCGCGCAACUCCGUCAUGUCGUUCGACAGCUCGGGCGUGCAAUUCCGCAAGCCCAUGGGCUCCUCGCGAGACGGCUUCGGCCAUCACUCACUGGAGCGCGGCGCCGUGCGCAGCCGCGCCAACUGCCGCCUGCGGAGGCGCUCGUCCAAGCUCAAGCUCAAAAUCCCCAAUCUGACGGAUGUGAGCACCAUUGACAAGUGGUCGCGUGUGAUUUUUCCCAUCAUGUUCGGAUUUUUCAACCUCAUCUACUGGUUGUACUACGUGAAUUGACACGCGUCUACCCGGGAAUCAUGGGCCAUAUUUUGAGAGCACACACUGAAAAUUGGCUUUGAUACAAUUGGAGAAUAUGUAUACGCAUAUAGGUACAGUUCAUACAUAUGUAUAUGCAUAUUUCUAUAUCUUAUAUUUCUAUAAACACAACACAAAAAUGACUUUUCUGACAUAAAAAAAUAAUUAUAUAGAUUGACUUGAAUGUUUAAGAAUCAUGUGAGAAACAUUGGAAGCGUUUGAAUUCCUUUAGCUUCUGAAACUAUCACAUACAAACGAGAAAAAUCCCCACGACAGGGUUUGGAACUAAAGACUGCAUGAUAUUUUUGCUAAUAGAAUGAUUGCAAGAUAUACAAAAAGGACACAUUCAAGCAUCUUACCGGCUUUUUAUUGAUUCAGACUGCAAACCUUUCCCAAAUCAAGCAGCUCAUGAAAUUAGUGGUGGCUUGUGUGCUUUGGGUGCAGAUCUAGCACCCAACCCCAUUCAUUGCGCCUCCUGUCCCCUAUUGGAGAUUACUUUUUCUGAUUUGAUGCUGUACAGCAACUUCGAUUUGUUGAUUUUUGUGAAGAAAAAAAAAACUCUUAAUUUUAAUUUUUCCAAGAUAUUAAAAGCUCUGGUUUACACUGGACGGCCAUUCCGCGUUUGAAAACCACAAAGUCUUGUUUUUAAUUCCCUCCAUUACAUUUUUGCAAGCAAUUCCUUGAAGUUUUUUUUUUUUUUUUUUCAUUUGGUUGGAAGGAUUCUUAAAAAUAAUGUUCUGGAAGGAGCUUACCUUAAAUAUAGCAUUCUAGAGUUAGCAUUGCUAGAUAAUGAGCCACAGAUAUGCUUUGUUUGAUUUCUUUUUCUUUUGAAGAAAAAAAGAAAACGGCAUCGAGUGUACAUUUCUUCAGUAUCCUCAUGGAAUAUGGUUAGGUAGUAUAAUUGUACUCUUUAUUUAUUCUUGUUCUAGUGCAGAUCAUCUGUUUUGUAGAUAAAGUACUCAUACACAUCGAAUACAGCUUUGCGUUGUUGACAUUAAGGGACCAUGGUAAGCUACAGGUGUUUGUUGGAUUGGUUUUGACGUUAGUCCAUCAUUAUAUGAAGCAUAAAAAGAAAAGAAUAAUAUGUAUUUAAACUGAAGGUGGUCAUUGUUUUAUUAUAUCUGUUAAAUAUUUAAGUCAAAUGAUUGGCCGGUCGCGGCUUGAUAUUGUAUGUAGUAA